UUUCUAGCCACUCGUUUUUACUACAUGGAGGAAACAUCGAGAAAACAGCCGGAGGAGAAACGGGAGCUUCACAUAUCACAGUCAGGAUGGUCUAUAUCGCCGCUAUGCCUUUUGGACACGGAGUGUCGCUCAUGACGGAGGAGGAAAGUGUGGCGGAGAUGAUUGGGAAGUACUUCUUCCAGCACAAAGCCUUGGACCGGGUGUCCAGUUCGGCCCGGCGGGGAAGCGUCGAGAGCUGGGAUGAGAGAGAAGGAGGCUGGCCCUUUUCAAAUCUGGAGGAUGAAGAGCGGCUCCUCCACCAGGACCUGACCCGGCAGAUGGAGAGCUGUCUGACUGAAGCCAAGCAGUCCGUCCUCCGCUGCCAGGCGCUGCUGCUGCCCCGCAACAUGAUCAGCAGGGUCGGACAGCACAUCCUGCGCUCCUCCGCCGAUGAGCCCUGCGGGCUCCGAGGCGCUUCCAUCAGGCUUUACGUGGAGAGCAAAGACGGACUGAAGGCUGCGGGGAGCGUGGUGCCGGACCCGGCUGUCACCCCCACCUUUGAGCUCUCUGUGGUGUUCAAGGUGGAGAAGGAGGACGGGUGGAGCAUCUUUGACUCCGGGAAGGUGCUGAAGCUGAGGCCGGAGUACCGGCUGGUGAAGAGGAAGCUCUACUCCUCAGCCAGUCCUGUGAUCCAUGACCUCAGCUAGGGGCCCCAUGGCUUCAGCUAGGGGCCCCAUGGCUUCAGCUAGGGGCCCAUAGACUCUAGACCCAUUUCAUGUCAGUUGUGAAUGUAGAGUUGGAAACACUGCAAUGUGAUUUAGUCUUUUGAUUAUUUUUUUUUUUUUUUUACUAUUGUACAUCUUGAGCAGGUCCUCAACCUAAAGCUUUUGUUUUUCACUCAGUUCCAGAGUAUUUUUGCACAGCUGCUUGUCUGACACUGUUUGACUUGAUCAGGACUGAGCUGGCCUCACUACCAGAGUACUGUUUUUGUUUUUGUCAUUUUUAUUUAUGAAACUUGAACUGCAUAAUAAAUU